AUGCUUUCUCUGUUAGCGUUAUUCCUUUUAGCUUUCACACCUGUAACAGCUCAUACAUCACACAAGGCUUCUUAUUCUGAUCAAGAUGCACUUUUGGCUUUCAAGAAGGCGGUGCUAGUUGACCCAUAUAAAUCCUUGAUCAAUUGGACUCCAAAUGUUACCUUCUGCAACUGGACUGGUGUCGCCUGUUCUUCUCGCCGGGAGCGUGUGAUUUCCUUGAAUCUCACAGGUAUGGCUUUACUCGGUUCCAUUUCUCCUUACCUGGGAAAUCUCUCUUUCAUUUCAACGCUUUCUCUUAAAAAUAACAGUUUUGAAGGCCAAAUUCCACCUCAGUUGGGAAGGCUUUUUCGCUUGAGAAUACUUCGAUUGUCUAGAAAUGAUUUGGAGGGCUCCAUUCCAGCCGAGUUAGGAGACUGCCGCUCUUUGCAAUCCCUUACUCUGUCUUAUAACAAUCUGAGUGGCAGCAUUCCACCACAGCUUGGACUUCUGUCAAAGUUAGAGACCAUAGCAUUAGGAGUAAACCAACUGACAGGUACAAUUCCAGCUUACAUGGGAAACAUGUCCUCCUUAACUCAAUUGGAUUUGGGCACAAACAGACUCCAUGGUAAUAUUCCUGACGAAUUGGGUAUGCUUAGUCAGCUCACACUGCUCUUGCUUGGGAUCAACCUCCUGACAGGACCUGCUCCCAGUUCCCUUGUCAACUGCACUCGUCUCCAAACUUUGGAUUUAGUUGACAACCAAUUAAUUGGUCACAUUCCAUGGCAGUUUGGGAAACUAGUACAAUUGCAAAGCUUGCUCUUAUGGGGAAACCAACUCACGGGAGAAAUCCCAAGCUCGCUGUCCAAUUGCACUCAACUUCAAGAGCUUGUAUUAGACAUUAACAAAUUAAGUGGUAUGGUGCCCUUAGAGUUCGGUUCAUUGCUCCAGCUUACUGAGUUUGCUGUACGUCAAAAUUAUCUUGUGAGUGGAAGCAACCAUCUGUCUAUCCUAACAGCCAUAUCUAAUUGCUCCAAAUUAGAAAUAUUGGAUUUGGGAAGGAAUAAUUUCGCUGGCGUCAUAACCCCUUCAAUAGGUCUCCUGUCAGGUGAUCUCUCGCUAUUUUUUCUGGAUUCAAAUCAAAUUGAAGGAAGCAUACCGGGCGAGAUUGGCAAUCUAACAAAAUUGACAAGGAUAGAUUUUAGCGGCAACCGGUUCAGUGGGAAUAUACCAACCACCCUCAGUAAACUUCUAAAUCUUGAAAGAUUAAGUCUGGCCACAAACAACUUACAGGGAAGAGUUCCAAACAGUUUGGGUGCUGCAAAAGGUCUUGGGUUGUUAUCACUAAGUGAGAAUGGGCUGUCAGGACAAAUUCCAGAUUCUCUUGGCAACCUGUCACAACUUCGCUACAUCUAUCUUGACCACAACAACUUGUCUGGAGAAAUACCUGCUAGUUUAGGGAGAUGCCGAUCUCUGAUGCUGCUGGAUUUGGCUUACAACAGUCUAGCGGGCAGUAUACCUCCAGAAGUUGCUGGUCUUAAAGAUCUUCAAUUCUAUUUCAACGUGUCCAGCAAUAUGCUACAGGGUUCUCUCUUAGAAAUGAGUAACUUGGUAAUGGUCCAAGCUAUAGAUGUAUCUAUGAACAAGUUUUCUGAUGGCAUUCCUAGCGCACUGGCAAGCUGCAUAGCACUAGAGUAUAUAAAUUUAUCUUGGAAUGCAUUUUCAGGGCCGAUUCCUGCAUCUCUUGCAAAACUGGUAAAUCUUCAAGUCAUGGACCUUUCCUCCAAUAAUUUGACAGGUACAAUACCAGAGAAUUUUAAAGAUAUGAAAAUGCUCCGCCAUGUCAAUCUUUCUUCAAACAGGUUAACUGGAGAGGUCCCACGAGGAGGAGUUUUUGCGGAAAUGGAUGUCUCAGGACUUGUCAAUAACCUUGGCCUGUGUGGCACAUGGAUAAACUUACCGGCAUGUUCUCAUUCCAAACACAAUCAUCCAUCACUCUCCAAGAAGGUGAUAAUUCCUGUUGUGGUCGGUAUUUCAAUUUUCAUUCUGUCUUUUCUGGUGCUAGCAUUUUCCUAUAUAUCAAGGCAGAGAAAGAUAUCUCUUCUCGAUGUGUGGCCCCCACGAAUUUUAUAUGAUGAACUUGUAGGUGCAACUGGUGGGUUUAGUGAGGCAAAUCUUAUAGGCAUCGGUGGCUUUGGAUCCAUUUAUAAAGGGGUUUUAAAAAAUGGUAAAAAUGUUGCAGUUAAGGUUUUCAACUUUCAAGAUGAAAAUGCUCACCAAAGUUUUAGCAAGGAGUGUAAGAUUUUAAAAAGAGUCAGGCAUCGUAAUAUAAUCAGGAUCAUAUCGACUUUUUCUAAUCUUGAGAUUAAGGCUUUGGUUCUUCCAUUCAUGUCAAAUGGAAGUUUGGAAAAAUGGCUAUAUCCUUCUGGAAGAGAUGAAUGCAUCUUAAAUUUGAGUGAUCGGUUAAGGAUAGCAAUAGAGAUAGCACAUGGAAUGGCAUAUUUGCAUCAUCAUUGUUUUGUACAAGUGAUUCAUUGUGACCUGAAACCUAAUAAUAUACUAUUAGGUGAUGAUAUGACUUCAUAUGUAGCAGAUUUUGGUAUUUCCAAAUUAUUAUUUGGGGAUUCUAUGGAUUCAUUAACUUUUACAAAUGCACUGAAAGGAUCUAUUGGCUACAUUGCACCAGAAUAUGGAAUGGGUGGAAGAGUUUCAACAAAAGGAGAUGUAUAUAGUUAUGGAAUUCUACUUUUAGAGUUGUUGACAAGGAGGAAACCUAUGGAUGACAUGUUUGUAGAAGGAACCAAUCUUCGCGGAUGGGUAGGAAUGAAUUUUCCAAAUAAAAUUACAGAAGUGGUUGAUAAGGCCGUCCUUACAAAUGUCAAUGAAUCGGAGAUGACAAUGGCUUUGUCAUGCCUCACCCAUUUAAUGGAAGUGGGAUUGGUUUGCACAAGGGAAUUGCCUCAACAACGACCAAACAUGGCAGAAAUAGUUGAUAGAUUGGAGAAAAUUAGAGAUACAUUUAAUGGUAUUCAUGAAGGUUUUCAAUUACCAAUAGAUAUCUCACAUUUGAUUGAGGAUACAGGUCAUGCCAGAAUUAUGAAUCCAGACAACCAUGAAAACUGGUCUACAUCUACAUACUAG